AUGGAUGGGUGGGUGGCAGGUUGCAGGACCAGGGACAAGCGGAGGGCAGGGAGGGGGCCUCUCUGACUCCGGCCCCUUCCCUGAACGGCUCCUUUUCCGGCAGGCCCCCUCCUAGCACCCCCAGGAGCUGGUUCAAAGGAAGCAGGAUCCUGAAUUUACCUUCUGCUGCCAAAUACCAUGAUCCGCAAGAAAGCCCCUGGUUUGGGUCCUCCGGAUGCCAGUCUGCUGCUCAGCGUCGGAAAGGGCUCCGUGGGCCAGUUCAACGAUGCAGGUGUCGUUCAAAAUGGGGCCUCCGCCGGUAGCUUCGAUGCAGAAGAGGAUGAUACAAUCUGCGUUUAUGGCAGAGACGGUUAUGGUUCUUCAAACAGCCCCAGAGGAAACUACUUCAGAGAUGGGAAGACAAAGAUUGACUUUGUGCUGGUCUGGGAGGAGAAGGUCCGGCCCGCCAAGAAGAGGCGAAGCAAACGGCCGCACCAUCGAGGGGAUGUGGCAGCAGGCAGCACCAGGGGUGGCUGGGAGCAGAGCAACGGGCGGCGCGAGAGGUGGAAGCGGAAAUUCCUAAAAAAUCUGCGGAAUGCGGGUCUCUUGAUGGAGAAGGAGGAGACCCCGAGUGAACACAAGAGCAUCCACUACCUGAAGCUGAGUGCCCCGUGGGAGGUGCUGGUGUAUUAUGCCGAGGAGCUGUGCAUGCGUGCGCCUCUCCAGGCUCACCCCAACCCAGACAGAAACAGUUCAGAUGAUCUGCUUCGGAAGCUGCACAUCCCCAAUCUAAUGGAUCAGAGCGUGCCUAAUAAGCCCGUGGACUACUACACCUGUGCCUUCCGCAAGUCCAAGCUCGACAGGUUCCUGGGCAGUGAUUUGCAUGACUCGUACUUCACCAAUACACAAAGGCAUCGCAUUGUGUAUGAAAUCCUGGCACGGACUAUUUAUGGGAAACGGAAGCAUGCUGAAAUAGGCAUUGACCGGCUGUUGAAUGAAGGAGUAUAUUCUGCAGCUUUCCCACUGCACGAGGGCCCCUAUGAGCUACCUGAGUACGAGGUGCUGAGUGAAGAGCUGAACCCCCGGCAGAUCCUGUACCGUUUUUGGGCCCAGUGGAGCUGCUGGUACAAGUAUCAGCCCCUCGACCACAUCCGGGAAUACUUUGGAGAGAAGGUGGCCAUCUACUUCUCCUGGCUGGGCUUCUACACAGCCUGGCUGAUCCCAGCCGCAGCUGUUGGGAGUUUCGUGUUCCUGGCAGGCCUCUUCACCCUCGAGACGAACAUGCCGGCGCAAGAGAUCUGCAACAGCGGGGGGCAAUUCCUCAUGUGCCCCCUUUGUGACACUUGCGGCAACUGGAACAUCUCUGAGAUCUGUCCCAUGGCAAAGGUAGGGUACCUCUUUGACCAUCCUGGGACGGUGUUCUUCAGCAUCUUCAUGUCCUUCUGGGCGGUCACCUUCUUGGAGUACUGGAAACGGAAGAACGCCACUCUGGCCCACCACUGGGACUGCAUGGGCUUCCAGGAGGAGGAGGAACGUCCUCGCCCAGAGUUUGCUGCCAUGGCCCCUUGCCUGGAAGAGAACCCCAUCACAGGGGUGAAGGAGCCCCAUUUCCCUGAGCGCGACCGGCUGUCACGAAUUCUGACUGGAUCCAUGGCCAUUGUCGUCAUGCUCUGCGUUGUGAUGAUCUUCCUGGUGUCAGUGAUCAUGUACCGUGGGAUUGUCAGCACCGCGAUGUACCACACCGGGAACAGAGUCUUGAUGACCCAGGCAGGUAACAUUGCAAAUAUCAGCAGUUCCAUGGUGAACUUGGUUCUCAUCCUUCUCAUGAGCCAAGUAUAUACCUCCUUGGCCGAGAAACUUACCAGAUGGGAAAUGCACCGGACUCAAACGCAGCACGAGGAUGCCUUCACCUUCAAAGUUUUCAUUUUCCAGUUUGUGAACUUCUAUUCAUCUCCCUUCUAUGUGGCCUUCUUCAAAGGCAGGUUCGUGGGCUACCCUGGCCAAUACGGAAAGCUCCUGGGCAUGAGGAACGAAGACUGCGGUCCCGGUGGGUGUCUAAUCGAAUUGGCCCAGCAGCUGUUCAUCAUCAUGGUUGGGAAGCAGAUUGUCAGCAACGUCCAGGAGUUUUUCGUCCCGAAGCUGAAGGCCUGGCACCAGAAAAGGAAGCUGGCCCAGGUACGAGGUGCCCAGAUCUGCCAAGAGUCCAAACGGUGGGAGGAAGACUAUGAACUGAUUGAAUGCGAAGGCCUCUUUGAGGAGUACCUGGAGAUGGUGCUCCAGUUUGGUUUCAUCACCGUUUUUGUGGCUGCUUUUCCGCUGGCCCCCCUCUUCGCCCUGCUCAAUAAUUGGGUGGAGAUCCGCCUGGACGCCCAGAAGUUUGUCUGUGAGUACCGCCGACCAGUGGCCGAGCGUGCCCAGGACAUCAGCGUCUGGUUCUUCAUCCUUGGGGUCUUGGCACAGAUAUCCGUGAUUGUCAAUGCCUUUCUCAUUGCCUUCACAUCCGACUUCCUGCCACGCCUCCUGUACCAGUAUGAACAUGACAGCCUCCUCCGUGGCUACGUGAACUUCACCCUGGCUCACGCCCCACCGAGUUACGUGCACAGCAACCAUACCACCUGCAGGUACAAAGCCUUCCGAGAUGCUCAGGGGAGCCACACCCUCUUUUAUUGGAAACUCCUGGCCGUCCGUCUGGGCUUCGUCAUCGCCUUUGAGCACAUGCUCUUCUUCUGCUUGCGCCUCAUUGGCUGGCUGGUCCCAGACGUCCCUGGGUCCCUGGAAGUAAAGAUCAAGCGGGAACGUUACCUGGCCAAGCAGGCCCUGGCUGACAACCAGGAUGUGCUGCUGACGCAAGCAGCCUUUUAUCCAGCAGUAUGAUUUAGCACUACCUGUGAGUCAAAAGCAUGGGCACCAGUGCAUCCCCCUCAAUCUUUGAUCACACGAAGCAGCCCCUCCUGACAGCAUAAACAAGGCCAGCGGAGACCGGAGGAAGCCCCCGUCUAGACACUCUUCCGAAGACCCAGAAGAUGGACCUCCAGUGCCGAGUUGGGAGGUCACAAGUGACUCAGCUCCUGUGCUAUCUUGGGACGCUCACUUCUUGCCUUGUCCGCCUUCUCUCUCUCGCCAUCUACAGAAGCACCACCUAUCUUUCCAAGCCUUUUUCCCCACUGGACUUUUUGUUUUCUCAGCGGGGGCACAGCUUCCCCGCCAAGGCCCUGCGACCGAGGCAAAGGCCUUCGGGUUCCUUGCCCUGGGAGAGCGGCUCUGCUGGCAAACCCGGCCCCGUUUCCCCUGAGAUUCCCAGGAGGCUCUGCUUCCGUUGGCAGCGGCUCCUUCCAGGCCACGCAGGUUUUAACCAGAGUCUACAUCUAACACCUUCCCGUUGGUAUCUAAGAUAGCUUGGAGGGCGGGCACACAUUCAAAGAGCAAGUAUCCCAAACUGGAACUUCAGUCAAGCCAGCAGAAAUCUUUGUGGCAGACAGUGGGUAAAGAAUUGUGGGUGCCAUGGGGAAAUCCUGCCUUCAGGAGGUUGGCCGGAUUCUCUGUGAUUGCCUGCAGCAACUGUUCGAUUAACCCUCCAUUGCCUGCAUUGGCGGAUGCCACCCACUUAAGGGUUACAAAUAAGUAGUGUCGUGGGCAGCCUUUACAAGUUUGCGUUCCAUACUAUUACCGCAUGGCAGGAUUCAAAUCUGAAAAUCCCACCCACGUGCAUGCCAUCUCCAAAAGACGCUAGGAGCCUUAGGCAAUCAACAGCCAUGGGAAGAAGGCUGUGGGUUGUGGGAGAUGUGGUGCUUCCUUCCUUUCCCUUGUUUCACAGCUGCUGCCGAUGGUUUGGGGAAUGAAAUCCAACCCGCUCAGCAGUAUCACAGGUCACUGCAAUUCCCAUUCUAUGCCUUUCUGAAAUGUCUGUUCUUCCGAGUUGCAACUGUACAGCUUGUAUCAUCAGGGGAUUUAAUAAAACCUGGAAUGACCUGGA